UUUAUCUUCUUCCUGUUCACUGCAGACAUGUGUAAGCGCAAUCUGGAAGUGGCAAGAAAUUUGACAGACUGCUGUUACAAUCAUUAUUUUAAUGGAUCAGCGUGUAUUGUGUGUCCUAAUGGCUAUUUUGGGCACAACUGUGACAAGACAUGCACGGCUGGUUACUAUGGUUACAUUUGCAGCCAAAUGUGCAACUGCUCUGCAGAGAGCUGUAACCAUGAGACCGGGUGCCCGCCAGAUGAAAAUGCAUUUACAAAACUUGAGAUUAAUACUUCAAAAUACCCUAGAGAGACAACUUAUGUUUUCCACACUACAACCGAAUCUAAAAUCACCUCCAGUUUUCAAAAUGAAUUUACGAAUCAAACGACAAAAUUACCCUUCCAUUUUACGUCAGUGACAGUGGAACAAAAGACCCAAAGUACAAAAGCCCUGAGAAUUACAUCCAAACCAACAGUUAUUCCACAACCAACCAGUACAGAGUCCCCAAUCAAUAACUUCACUAUCAUUAUAGGAAUUGGAGCGGUCAUAGCUUUAUUUCUCGGCGUUAUUAUGAUACAGUUCUGUAUAAAACUGUAUCAGGGUCGACAAAAGAAAUUGAGAAGGAUAGCAAGGAAUAGUUUACCAGUGAAAGAAGAGGAAACCUACCAAGAAAUUAAUGAAGCCAUUCUGAUCAGUAAUAAUGGGCAACACAGUGAAAAAAAUGACAACAGACAAUUUGGAAAGUACUAUGAACUUAAAAAUACAAAGUCUGUUAAAGAGUUGCCGUAUCAAAGAAUGAGAAAUAAGGAGUCGAAAUAUCAAGAAAUUGCAAAUAAAGCUGAAAAGGAAAAUAGCGAAUCAAAUCCUUCAUCAACAAGUAAUGGUUCAUAUGACAGUCAAACUUUUUAUCUCAAACCAAAGACCAAAAAAAUGGAUCAUCACAGUUAUAUAGAGGUAGUUGACCCCGGUAUUACUGCAGAGGGAUUGGACGCUAGUGGUAUAAUAGACGCUGUUGGUUUAAGGGAAGACAAUAGCGACGAAGGGGAAUUAUGUUCUCAAUACAUAGAUCCAGUUCAAGAUGUGAUGUCUGAAAAUAAUAAAGAUAUAUAUUCUGGUGCAUAUUUAGAUGUUACAAGUGAAUUAUUUUCAGAAUCUUCUUAUAUUGAUCCCAUAUCAAUAAACUCCGAUAAAUGCUGUUACAACUAUUACGACAACGGAACAGUGUGCUUAGAAUGUCCUCUUGGAUACCAUGGAGAUAACUGUAAAGAUCAGUGUAACAAAGGUUCAUACGGACAUCUGUGCACCCAGCGGUGCCCAGAGUCAUGUCCCCUGGAAUGGUGCGACACAGUAACAGGAUGUACAGAUCCUACCACAGCAAAUACAGAAACCACAGUUCAGAGUACAACGAAUAUAGAUACAACAACCGUCAGGAGUACAACAAAGGUCACCACAGAGGUCAAAAUAGAGGUCAUAACAGUUCCCACUACUACCUUUCAACGUUUUUCAUCGUCGUCUAAUACAUCCUCUGCUAAAUCUAUCAAAACUCUAAAGUCAACUACACAGUUUGUUAUCCCACAGUUAGAGACGCCAUAUAAUUACACUCCCGUGAUAGCGGUGACAGGAGGGAUCAUUGCCUUAUUCCUGGCUAUACUAGUGAUUCAGAGUUCAUUAAGGAUGCGUCUGAAGAAACAAAAAAUUACUAGAGCUGCAUCUCAAAAAACAAAGAUACCAGCAGAUGAACAGGAAGUAUAUCAUGAAAUUGACGAUAUAAAUGUAGUAAAAGACAGACAGAGUUAUCAAGAAAUAGAAAAGAGUAAUAAGUAUUGUGUCGAGUCACAUUUAUACACAGCAAAAACUCAUCCUUAUCAAAAAAUUAACAAUUCCUUGCAAUACCUAGAGAAUUCUGCAAUAGCGACUGUGAAGGAAAAUAAUCAUUCCUCGACAGAAGGUAGCAAUAGUUCAGAGGAAAAUGGGUCCUCCUACCUUAAGCCUAAAAAAACAACAAACAGACACAACUACAUACAAGUAGUGGACCCGGAUAUACAUCAUGUUCCCGUAACAGGUGCCCAAACAGACAAAGAGCAGGACGACUCCUCCUUUCAAUACGAUGACACUGUUAACGAUUCUAGUGCUCUAGAUUUUUUAAAUGGUAAUCGUGAAGAAUCUACAGAAGAUUAUGCUUAUUCUGAUGGAGACUACUUAGACGUAGAACACAGUCAUGAUAAUAAUGCGACAUAUCUUGAAGUUGUUCAUAAAGAGAAAUAA